GUAAACACGUCAGUGAAAAACAAGAUGGAGUUUUUCUGCUAGAACGUUAAGUUCUAUUUGACGUAAAACAAUAUAUUAGUCAAAUCUGUAAAAAUAUUUAAUUAAACUUUUUGGAUAGAAAAAUAAUUUUUCGACUGUAUUUAAUCAGUUCCAGCAGUUGAUUCACUAUCAUUUACUAAAAAAGAGAGGAAGAAUUUGAUAGUGCGGCAUAACAUGAAUGUGCUUAAUGCUGCAAACGGUACUGGAAGUAGAGACGCAGAUGAAUGGGACUCGUGGGGAAAUGACAAUAAUGAAGAAGGUUGGUUCCAUCAAGGACAAGUGUCUCAACAGAAUCACCCGGCAGAGAACCAACGUUGGCAACCUUCUAAUCCUACAGCCAGCCAGCACACACAUCACCAACACUCUGGCAACUAUCAAUAUAUGGCUCAGCAAAACUAUGGUUCCCAUAUCUAUGCUCACCAGGGUCAAAUGAAUUCUUAUGCUAAUCCUGGAACUGAAAAUCCUACCGGAGGACAUCCAAUCCAUUUCCAAAAUCAACCUGUAACUACGCCUGGCCAUCAAUUGUUCGAGCCCUCUCACGAACAAAUAAGAGAGUCUGAUCAAGCAAACCCAAGGGAGCAUUUGAGUGAAAAUCCAACUAUACCUGGUACCACUGGAUUGCAUACCAAUCCUCAAUUAGAUGAAUUUCCCCUGCAAACUGAUAACAAAGUCCCAGAACAACAAACAACAUCCAAUAUUCAUUCAAAGCCCCCAUCUCACCCGGAUUCUCUUAGAGAACAACAAUAUCAAUAUAACAUGCAUCAAUAUCAAAUGCAGAAACAAGAACAGCAACAGCUCCAACAACAACAGCUACAACAACAACAGCUACAACAACAACAGCUACAACAACAACAGCUACAACAACAUCACCAACAAUAUCACCAACAAAUUAGAAAUACAAUGACUUCAGAAAACCCUGUAGAACAAAUUGCGGAUUCUUCACAACAGCCUACAUCUGUUAGUCAUUAUCAGCAGGACUAUUUAGCUAACCAGCAAUCCAAGUUAAUUGAAGAUCAUGGUUCCCAUCGUGAAUCGUCUCUUCCAAGAGAUGAUGAACCAACAACACACACACAACAUCCAAGUUCGACGCUCUUUUCUGCUGACUCAGCUGGUAAUAUUGAUCAACCAGAUUUGAAACAAGAACCUGAACCGAAUAUUAUGCAAAGGGAAGCUGAAGAGGAAAGAGCAGAUAGUAUGAGUGGAAUUCUUCAAAAUAUGGAAAAUUUGAAACUUAAAGACCCAAGCGACGAAAUUUCUUUGAAGCAAGCCGAAGGGACAAAUAUAACAGAAAAAGUUAACUUAGAUAAUCUAUCGCAGCCAGAAAACAGUCAACAUAUGCUGAAUACCGAAAAUUCAUCACAACUCCAUAGCAGACAGAGUUCUUUCGGAGGAGCUAAAUUUAUUGUGGGUGAUUAUGCUGAUCAAUCAAUUCAAAAUUCGGAGUCUCCAGCCAAUCAACCUCAAAAAUGCAAUGAAGUUGAUGCUGUUGAUAGACCCAGCUCAAAUACUUCAAAACCCCCAGUAGAUGUAUCCCUUGGACAAUUGGAAAAACCUCGUUCAGAUAGUCAAGUGUCGGAUCGAAGUUUGACCAAUCGUAUCACCAGCCAUCCAGAUAGCCCUUUUAAACCUCCAAAGGUGAAAAGUUCUGAAUCACAGCCAGCUUCUCAAGUUCAAGAGACACAGCCACCACUUAAAACAGAGAAUUUUUCUUUGUUUACACCCAAAAACACUCCUGAUUUUUCUCCAAUUGUGCCUAAUACAACACAAAUAAAAGAACCAGAAACUCCAGUUGCCCGACCCAAACACGAACCGGAAGUCAAUAGAUCUAUUGAACCCAAUGUCAAAGAUGAAAAUGUAAGAAAAUCAAAUGAUGGUUAUGAGGAAAAUUAUAGUCGAAACUUGCAAGAAACUAGAAGAAGAGAUCCCAGAAAUGAGAGGGGUGACCACGGUUACGAACGUAAUUAUAGAGGUUAUGAGGAUCCAAAUUUCCAUGGUCCUAAUAGAAGAGAUUCUAGAAACGACAGAACAUAUGACUAUGAGAGAGGGAGAAAAGAUGUAGACCAGUUUGAAAAUCAUGGUCCAACUGAUAGGCAUGAUCAAAUGGAUAGAUAUAACUCAAUGGAUGCCCGCGAUCAGAUGGAUGGCCAUGAUCCAAUGGAUAGGCGUGAUACAAUGGACAGACGAGAUCCAAUAGAUAGGAAUGAUCAAAUGGAUAGGCGUGAUCCAAUGGAUAGGCGUGAUCCAAUGGACAGACGAGAUCCAAUGGAUAGGAAUGAUCCAAUGGACAGACGUGAUCCACUGGACAGACGAGAUCCAAUGGAUAGGAAUGAUCCAAUCGAUAGGCGUGAUCCAAUCGAUAGACGUGAUCCACUGGACAGACGAGAUCCAAUGGAUAGGAAUGAUCCAAUGGACAGACGAGAUCCAACGGAUAGGAAUGAUCCAAUGGACAGACGAGAUCCAAUGGAUAGACGAGAUCCAAUGGAUAGGAAUGAUCCAAUCGAUAGGCGUGAUCCAAUCGAUAGGCGUGUUCCAAUGGACAGACGAGAUCCAAUCGAUAGACAUGAUCCAAUGGAUAGGCGUGACCAGUUUCACAGAAGUGAUCAUUUUGACAGACGAGAUCCGUAUGAAAGAAGAGAAGAUCGUAGAAGUGAACCUCGAGAAAAAUCUUACAGUAAUUUAGAUAGAAAGUAUUAUAAUGAAGGAGAUAGGUCAAGGAGAGGUCGAGAUAGAGGAAAAGACGAAGAAUAUCGACAGGAUUACGAGAAGGAGGACGGAGAAUAUAGACGAAAAAUGGGAGAAUCAUUCCAAAAUCCAUCAAGAAGACGUCCGGACGAUAGUCGAUAUCAUAGCUUCAAUCAAUCGGAGUACUAUAAGAGCUAUAGAAAUGAGCCCCGAGGUAGGGAAAGAGUACGAAGACAUGAUGAUUAUGAUUAUCCUUCAAGUAGAGAACAAAGUUAUGAUCGGGCGUCAGCCAGACGUCGAGAUGCAAGCUUUGACAGGAGUAGUAACUGUGGACGACCUCUCUCAAGAGGGUCAGUCUAUGAUGAUGACCGACCUCCAUCAAGGCAAGGUUACUCUUAUAGAGAUUCCUAUGGUGGACAAGGUCAUAGAGGAUACGGUGCACCUGAUUUUGAGGCUCGAUUUCGAAUAGGCUAUGAUGACGAAAUGCGAUCCUACCAAGGCGCCUUACAAGAAUAUCAAACCAAAUACCAGCAAUGGUUAUUAAUGGCUCGGCAGUACAACCAGGCUCAACAAUAUCAACAAGCUGGCAUACCAACUUCUCGUGGAAGUACUCCGGCUAUUGGACAGUACACAGCAGCGGACAAUUUUGCAAAUACGUCUCAAAGAUCUCGUCCAAAUAGCAGGUUGGGUCAUGCUAUGUAUCCUCAAUUUAUGGGAAUGGAGUACCAACCCUAUGAUCCGUUUUAUUAUCAAAUGGGCCAUCAAGCGGAAACCAGGAAAACACCUUUAAAAUAUAGUAUGCCCCAUGUUCGAGCAACGUUUGCAGCUGGUGGUCAAUUGGUUAGAGUUUUGCCUAAUAGGCCAGCAGAUGGACAGCCAGCUCUAGUUCAGAUUUCAAGAUUUUCCGUUGAAAGCGAUGUAGAGGAAUUAAAGCGAUUUCCUGGACCUUUAGUGAGGGGUGAUACUCACAAAAAUGAUGUGCUAAGGUUCUGUCAAGAAGAAGCCAUACUUUGUAGGCAAGAUGAAUAUGCCGUAGAUAGGGAGUCUAUAUUAUUACUUUGGAAUUUACUCCAAUUCCUCAUUAAGCAAAACGGGACUGUAAUUGGAAGUGAUCUUGCGUACUUGUUGUUAGAGGGUCAUGAGCCAACAUCAGCCGAGUAUUCAAGAAUGGGAAUAAAGGCCGAAACCACAAUGAAUUCUUCAGCCAUAGAUUCGUCGUCUAUAAAUAGUUCUGAAAAAGAUUGUACUGAUAAGUUUCGACAUCUUUUGCUCUUUGGACGCAAGAAAGAUGCUUUGGAAUGGGCUUGUAAAAAUAAUUUAUGGGGUCAUGCUUUAUUUCUUGCGUCAAAAAUGGAUUCGAAAACUCAUGCUGCAAUUAUGACAAAAUUCGCUAACGUUGCUAUGAAAAUGAAUGAUCCUCUCCAAACUUUAUAUCAGUUGAUGUCUGGGCGACAGCCAGCUGCUGUAACAUUAGUUUCUGAUGAAAAAUGGGGUGAUUGGCGACCUCAUCUUGCCAUGAUAUUAGCAAAUGAGAGUCGUGAAAAACCAGAAUUAGAUGCAAAGAGCCUUUGUGUGCUUGGAGAUACUCUUGCAGCCAAAGGAUGCCUUCAUGCUUCACAUAUCUGCUACCUCACAGCAAGAGUUCACCCAGGUCAAUACGGUAAUUCCAGCUCCAAAUAUGUUCUGCUUGGAUCUUCACAUCGUCGACCAUUUCAAGAAUUUGCUAACAAUCUAGCUAUUCAAUGUACAGAAGUCUACGAGUAUGCUAAAAGCUUGGCUGGAAUUGAUGAAGAGUUGGCAGCCCUAACAAUUAGAUUACUUCCUUAUAAAUUCCUCUAUGCAGUUAGAUUAUACACUGCUGGUAUGAUUGAAGAGGCUUUUCAUUAUUGUGAAGUUUUAGCAAAGUCCAUCGUUCAAUACCAAGGCUUUUUUUGCCACGCUAUCAUCGUUGGUGUUCAUCAAAUGGCCAAUCAAUUGAAAUUUCAUACUUGUGAGAAGGGCUUGUAUUAUAAUAGAGAUGAUGGAGAUCCAGAAUGGCUUGUUAAAUUAUCUCAAUUAAUCGGAAUGGUUUCUGCGCAACCACAGUGUUACGAUGUUGAUUCAGUAUCGCAAGUUGGAGCUGUCGACCCUUGUAUGCAAAGCUAUCCUAACCCCCAGCAGGAAAUUGGGGUAGAACAGACGGCACAGAUGGCUGCAGAAGGAGAGCCUGAUCAACAGACAGACAACUCAGCAGUUGAACCAGACGGUGGAUACCAUACCUAUCAGCAACCUCAAUAUGAUUCUACAGGCUACUCUGGUUAUGGCGGAGGACAAGGACCAGAAAAUGUCCAACCUGAGCAAAUAAAUCAGCCGGCUACUCAAACCAAUAAUCUUGCAGGAUAUUACCCGAAUGCUAAUAACUGUGUUAGUGCUCGGGGAAACUUCGGUAAUAAUUUGAAUAUUAUGUGAUAUUAACUCAUUUCCUAUUGUGACAAGCUAAAAAUUUGCUUAAUUUUACUAACCUAAACACAACUGGAAAAAAUAGAAAACAAAAAUAAUUUAGCUAUGUAAAAACAAAAGACAAUUGAAUUUAUAAGUUAUAAAUUUUAAACUUGUUAAAAAAUGAACAUUGCAUUGUUAGUUAAGGAGCGUCAGUCAGUGUGGUUAGAAAAAGUAAGAGUUUGUCAUUUUGGGUUGAUGUAAAAUAAACAGAAUUUAAAGUUGAAAUAGAUUUUAAGCCUGAUUUUUUUGCACAUAAAAUAAUUUUUUCUUCAAAAAAAAA